AUGGUGGAUGAGGCAAGCCAGCCUUUGCUGGAUGGCCAGGCCAGAUCCUCUUUCGAGGCUGCAGGUCGUCCUGACCAGCCUCGCCGAUCAUUUGAACUGUCGUCAGAGUCGACCCCUCUCUUACAACGUCGCGACGAUGACAUCAACACAUAUGGAACAGAGCGAAGGUUAUCACAAUCAUCUGCUGCAUCACACCUGGAAGAUGGAUCCCCCAAGAAACGAAGCCGGGUGCGAUGGCCGACCGUUAUCUCGCUUGCCUUGUUAACUACAGCCAUCCUGGCGAUUCUGCUCUUUGCUUUUGCUGCGCCGGCCGUGGUAAAAGAAUAUGCUCAACAAGCUGCCGUGUUCAAACCGACGACGCUUUCAAUAGAUUCCACGACAUCCGAAGGCGUUCGCGCUCGAGUUCAGGGCGAGUUUGUUAUGGACGCGGGUCGUGUGAAGAGCAAGUCUAUGCGCAAUUUCGGUCGCUUGGCUACAUGGAUUGCCAGAGAGGUUGAAACUGGGGAGUCAGAUGUGGAUGUUUAUCUUCCAGAAUACGGAAACGUACUCGUUGGUAACGCCACAGUCCCAUCCAUCAAAGUCAACAUUCGCAACGGCCAUCAUAACCAGGUCGACUUCUUGACAGAUCUCAAAGCUGGUGAUAUCAAGGGAAUACAUGCUGUCGCUUUAGAUUGGAUGGAAGGGAGAUUGGGCCGCCUUAGCAUAAAGGGAAGAGCAACAAUACACCUCAAAUCAGGCUUAAUUGGCCUGGGAGCCCAAACCAUUACAGACACGGUCACAUUCGAAGAAAAAGAUUUCCCUGCCUUACCAAAGAUUGACAUCAUUAAGUUGGAUGUUCAUGAUGACAAGGAUGGAGCCAUGGCAGUCGAUGUUUUAUUGGCUGCUUUGAUCGACUCUCCUAUCGCUUUGGUGAUUCCUCCCCUUGGGUUUGAGAUAAUGGUUCCCAAUUGCUCCCCUGGUGACCCUUACAUCAUGAUCGCCGAUGCGACAACAUCGGAGAUCCAGGUUCGCCCUGGUGGAGCAACUGGUGUCAAUGUCCAGGGAAUUAUCAAAAACCUCCCCGACGAGCUCACUGCUACUUGUCCGGAUGAGGAGGGCUCUCCUUUGGACUUCCUGGUCUCGAGUUAUAUGCGUGGCGAUAAGACGACAGUCUAUAUCCGUGGUGCAGAUGCACCAUCCGCUGAAACACCCGAGUGGAUUGUAGAUUUCCUGCGCAGCGUCACUGUUCCUCUGGACUUUACGGGAGGUGCCUUCGAUGAUUUGAUCAAGAAUUUUACCAUGUCCGACACGAAAUUCUCGCUUCCCGAUCCCUUCGCAGAACCCGGGACCCCAGACUCGCAGCUAACCGUGUCUGGCAUGGUGAAAGUUCUCAUCAACCUGCCGGAGCAAAUGAAUUUCCACGUGGAUGUUCCCAAAGUCCGAGCCCUAGCGAAUGUCUUCUACGAAGGCGAACAGCUUGGAGUAUUGAACAUGGAAAAAUGGCAAGACGCCAACUCCACCCUCGUGGAAGAUCAGGACGGCUCUUCAGCUCUGCUUGUAGAGUCACCAAUCAAGGAUAUCCCAUUAGAGGUCACGGACAGCAACUUGCUGGCACAGGUCGUCCAGGAAAUGCUCUGGGGCUCCGGGUCCGUGGUGUUGCACGUCGCUGCCACCGUAGACACGAAGGUCUCGACUGGUCUUGGACGCUUCGCUGUGCGGGGCAUUCCCGCAGAUGGGGAUGUUCCUGUAAACACCCCUGGAACGUCGAUUGAUCAUCUUAACCCUCGAGUCGUAUCGCUUGAACUCAAGAACACCACUGAAUCCUCACUCUACGUCUCUACUCAAAUGAACUUUACGAACCCGACUAACUACUCUGCAACGAUUCCAUUCGUGGAUGUCCUGAUGCUAUACAAUAAAACAGCACUUGCUCAUAUUAUGGCUCGCAACAUCGCGAUUAUUCCUGGGAACAACACCAACGUCCCCAUCGAUUUCUUGUGGAGCCCACUAGACAUCGGCGGUGUCGAUGGGAAAGAAGCUGGCAGAGCUUUGAUGUCCUCUGUUGCCUCAGGCUCAAACACAUCAGUGACUAUCAAAACGCACGAAGGAACAUUUCCUUCUCUACCAAAUAUUGGCAGAGGGCUUUCCGCCGUGCCAAUUGACGUUCCUGUGCCCCGACUAUCUACCCCUGGAUCACCGGGUGAUGGCGAUGAAGAAGACCGCGGCCCAAAUUUCAUUCAGGAUUCAACGCCCUGUUCGACUUGCACCGCUCGUGGAUUGACUCUAUCAUGUGCCUAUCCCAAUAGCCAAGGCCCACAAUCGCCCGUGUCCAUUCCCCAGCGCCGACGGGUGCCCAAGCCACACGAGACCCACGGGAGUCGCCCCCAAGGAACCGUCCAGGAUCGGCUGAGCCAGUUGGAGCAGGUUGUCGUUUCACUGAUGCAGAAGACCACUUCCGAUGGCCAAGAUCGACCGGACCGGUAUUCCGUUGCGUGUGUUCUCAACGACCACACUCAAGGAGGCUCACCGGAAGGGCCCACUAACUCCGAGGACUCUCCGGCUCAGUCCGACGGCGGAAGCGUAUGGUUUAGCUCCUCAGACGCUCAGUACGUCGGAGGAACCCAUUGGGCCGCCAUCCUAGAUAGGAUUGCGGACCUCAAGGAGCAGCUCGGACGAGGAGGCGACGGAAAUGUUGAAAAUCCUGUUAUGCUGCAUACUUUCCUGCUGUAUGGAUGUAAAUCAGCGAGUAAAGAAGAUAUCUUGGCAGCGCUGCCCGAUAGGCCCGCUGUCGAUCGUUACAUUUCUCAGCACUUCAAUCGAUUGGACUUGGCGUCAUGUAAGACCCUGACCAGCAAUAUCCUGAGGCAUAUAAAUCGACUAAUAUAG